AUGCCUCGUUACUUGAAUCCUCAAAUCAUGUCAUCGCGAAGAUCUACGGAGGUUGGCCUGGAGGAUUUGAACGAAGACGUAACCGAGGACCAAGCUCAGUCUGGAGCUAUUCGCCGUCGCGGAGAUCCUAUUGACCCGACCUUUUACCUCGAGGGCGAAGAACCGACUAUUCGCAUCAUUCAACAAGAGGGCACCCGCCCUCAAGAACCUGGGCAAAUGGGCGAAGUUGAUAGACUAUUCUAUCUGCUUAUUGCGUCGCUUGUUAUGAACUUCGCCAUGCUUGUUGUUUUCAUGAUCCGCAGUGGCAACUGA